CGUCCAAAUUCCGAGUCGGAAACUCACUUCAAAAUUCACGAAAGCACGUGCAUGAACAAAAUCCACGCUAACCACAUUUAACCCGACCUCAAAUUCUAUCGACGGCGACCCUAACAACAAACCAGCAGCAAUUCGCCCAUCAUGUUGUCCACCGCUCGAUCCAAAGGUCUAACCCAGAUCCUUACCGCCACGCCUCCCGUCUCAAUCCUUUCAUUCCUUCUACCCGCCUUUCCCAUCGCCUCACGAUCCUUCUCCGCAUCAACAUGUCGAAACUCCCACAUUGGAAGCGCACCGUUAUCGAUUCCCCCAGAGGUUACUUUUACAGUUAUCCCACCACCGCCGCCGGCGAAAGGAUCAGCCUUGGCAGGGAAAUCAAUUGUUAAGAUUGAGGGGCCAUUAGGAAAAAUGACAAUGUCAAUCGAACCAUUUAUUAAAAUCGAGCAUGAUGUGAAUACACGGAGAGCAAUUGUCAGAGUGGAGGAUAGAGAAGUCAAAAGCCAAAGGGCGAUGUGGGGUAAGCAUUUACCCCUUCUGCAAUUUUCAGUAUACUUUUAUGACCUAACAAUUUCCUUAAAGGAACUACUCGCGCCUAUCUCCAAAACCACAUCCUCGGUGUCUCCGAAGGUCACAGUGCUAUUCUCCGUCUAGUCGGUGUUGGAUACCGUGCCACUGUUGAGCCAGCUUCCAACGUAACAACCAAAACCCCCGAAUUCGAAGGCCAGCAAUUCGUUGUCUUAAAAGUAGGAUACUCUCAUCCCAUCGAAUUACCCGUUCCAAGAUUCGUGAAGGCGAGUACACCACAACCUACACGUAUAUUGUUAGAAGGACCAGAGAAGGAAUUCGUAUUACUUUUUGCGGCUCAAAUUAGAAAGUGGAGAGUUCCAGAACCGUAUAAGGGGAAGGGAAUCUUUGUCAACGGGGAGGAGAUUAAGUUGAAGAAUAAGAAGAUUAAGUAGGGGAUGAAUAUCCAAAUAAUCUGUAUAGAGAUAAUGUCACUUGUAUCUAUUGUAGACUUAUCUACGGUUGAUGUAAAGAUGGAAAAAAGGUAUCAUGUCUUUUAUUUG